AUUCACGAAAAGUGUGACAGUCUAACGAAAGCACUUGAACGGCGUAGAUGCCGUGAAUCGCGAGUGAACGUGAAACGAAGUAGAAAAAAUUGUGGAAUUGUGUGACAACGAACUGAGUUUAUCUAAAAAUAUCGGGCGCUGUUAGGCGUUCAAGUUGUUGUUGGCAAUCCGUUCCGAAGAGCUGCAGAAUCGCGAUGCCCCCAACAGUGAUUCGAAUGCCGAAUGGUUCUUCAGGCGGACGGGCACGUGGCGGGGGAGGUCACUUUAACGAGGCUCAGAAUCGUGGACUCAAAGUCGGUUGUUGUCGGGUGUGUACCUGUCUUAAUUUGGAGUUUUUUAUGUCCAAAAAUGGAAUACUGAAGAUCUUUGAGAUCAUCCUGGGAUCGUUCUGUCAGACAUUGCUGAUACAGUUUGGUAUGGAUUCGGCGAAGGAUAUAGGUGAAGCGUUUCACGGGUUCCUGACGACAGUGUCGGCUUGUCUAACGACGACAACGAUUCUGCUGCUGUGCUAUGCGAUAUCCUCGCGUUCGUUCCACCUGGUGCGGCAGUCCAUUUUUGAGGUGAUGUAUAACGGGAUCGCCUGUUUCAUGUAUCUGAGCGCUUCAUCCUAUUUGGGCUUUGCGGUAAAUGUGUGGCUCUACCCCAAAUUUUUACUAUUUAAAACAACUGGAAGUGUACACAGUGCCUAUCCGGCAAUGACUGCUGUUUAUGUAAGAGAAUCAACUGACAUUUAUGCAAAACUACUAAAGUUUUUUUAUAUAUUUUUCAGUACAUGGGUUCAAUUGUGGGCAUCGUUUACGGUCUGGAUGCCUUUGUAGCGUACCGAUAUUUGAAGGGAUACUCGUAGAGUCGAAGGUUUGCCCUCCAAUAAAA